GCAAGUCUUUAAUAUGUGUUAAUCUGCCAUCACUGCUUUAAACAAAGGGCUCUAAUGGAGGACUGCUGCGCCUAUCUAAUUUCAGCUUUCUAGCUGUAUUUUUCAUUAGCGAACAUGUGCUUUUAUGACAUGUUCAAGAAAACAUUUUAGUAACAUUGAAUUAAUAAAUGGCCUACAUCUUAUCUGAAAGACUAAAGACUCGUGCUACAACGUGUCCUCCUCCCCCGAAAUAGUCAUGUACGUAUCGACCCAUCUCGAAUUAGUAGCCUACCCAAGGCGUGGUAACGUCUACGUUGUGUCUACAUGUGCUACAAACCACAGUGGAAAUACGUACACUCGAGCUGUCAAUCAGGAAGUGUCCCGCCUUUUCUUACGUUCGAUUGGACAUUGCAGCAACCGCUCUGCAUAUGAUUGGUUGACGGCGUUGCCUGUCAGUUUUCAAGCGUUUCUCUGCUUCCUUGCCGCUGAACGAUGUUUUGAAGGAGAAAUGGGUUCAGGUUUCUUUGAUGGGGUCGAAAGGGGGUAGUAAAUAAUUUAAAUGUCUCAUAUAUCCGGCAGUUUACAUUGAGCGACUAUCAACCAGUGUCUGUGCCGUAUCCGCGCUCCUCGUCUGGAUAACCUCCUGGAUUCGUAAGACUGAAGUUUGAAUCUUGUCCGCUGCGCUCCUGUCUUUGUUAACGUAUCGUUAGUUGUGACAGGGACGUCCGUGAUAAAGUGCAGAAUAAAAGAAAGUACAAUUUACAUUUUAACGACCGGUUUACUAGUCUUUACAGUCCUGGUAAUUGUCUGGCUACCAGGCGAUGAAAAGCAGAGGGUCACAGGCUGGUUUGUGCGAACAAAGGAUAUGUUAACUUGACCGAAACAGAUCAAUGUGUGUGUUAUCAAUAGAGCGUUUUCCAAAAGCGGAAAUUCUGGACUUGAUACCUAGAAGUGGCCAUUAAUGUGGCUAGAUUUAGAAAAUCAUACAGAAGAAGAUGGCAGCAACUAAAGGUAAAGCUGGACUACAUAAUGAAAGCCGUUCUGGUCGGGAUAGUGGCAGGACAGACGCAGGCAGUCCCACGGUAUCCGCAGCGGCCGCAUCCCUGACCACCAACAGGACCUACACACUAGAUGACCUGGACACUAUUGCCACUGUUGGUACAGGAACCUUUGGAAGGGUUUUUCUGGUGAAGGAUAAAAAGACAAGAGGUUUCUUUGCUCUGAAAGCAAUGAAAAUCCCAGAUGUGAUUCGCCUGAAGCAGGAGCAACACGUACAUAAUGAGAAAGAGGUUCUGACGGAGGUGAACCAUCCUUUCCUUGUCAGACUGUUCUGGACGCACCAUGAUGAUCGUUUCCUGUACAUGUUAAUGGAAUAUGUGAAUGGUGGUGAACUCUUCAGCUAUUUACGUAGCCGAGGGCGUUUCAGCAACAGCACUGGAAUGUUUUAUUCAGCUGAAAUUGUGUGUGCCAUUGAAUACCUUCACUCCAAAGAAAUCGUCUACAGAGAUCUGAAACCAGAGAAUAUACUACUGGACAGUGAGGGGCACAUUCGGUUGACAGAUUUCGGGUUCGCCAAAAAGCUCUCAGAAAGGACAUGGACUCUUUGUGGCACUCCUGAGUAUUUGGCUCCAGAAGUGAUCCAGAGUAAAGGUCACGGUCGAGCCGUGGACUGGUGGGCUCUGGGUAUUCUCAUCUUUGAAAUGCUUGCAGGGUAUCCACCGUUUUUUGAUGAUAAUCCCUUUGGCAUCUACCAGAAGAUCCUGGCCGGAAAGCUGGAGUUUCCACGGCAUCUGGAUUUCUAUGUAAAGGACCUAAUCAAGAAGUUUCUGGUGAUUGAUCGGGCAAGAAGGCUUGGAAACAUAAAGAAUGGAGCUGAUGAUGUGAAGAAGCACAGAUGGUUUAAGUCAGUAGACUGGGAUUCUGUGCCUUGUAGAAAACUCAAGCCACCCAUAGUUCCCAAGGUGUCUCAUGAGGGGGACACGUCUAACUUUGACACCUAUCCAGAGGAUGAGUGGAAGAAGGACACACCAGUGGCAGCUAAGGAUUUGGAAAUUUUCAAGAACUUCUGAAAGGAUCUUCUUUUGAAUGAAUAAAAAGACAGAACUGAUGACAGAUAAUGAUUAGAUAAUGAGCUGAAGUUUUAGCCUAACCAUUCAGGAGCCAUUAAAAGGUAAAAGCUGUAUUAUUAUUAUAGGCAUGUCUUGCCUGCUUGUCCUUGAGUCCUGCACACUUGAGAAAGAGAAACAGACUUUUCUUCUGGUCAUCAUUGUUGUCAUCAUAAUCAUGGUCAAAUGUUCACCAAGGAAACAGUUCAUCACUUCAACGUAUUGGAAGAUGAGCAACUUGAUUCAACACCCUAGGAGUCUCUUAUAUUAUGCAAAAUGAUUAUAUAUAUAUUAUUUUAUAUAAGCAAUAUCUGUUCAAGAUUCUGUUCAAGGUUCUUUUUGCUGGAUCAACACAAUGUCCUUUCUUUUGCCUAAACAUCUACUGUAUGGUCGUAGGUUUUGUUUUGACUUUAUACCUUAAUGUUUUUUUUUUUUUUUUUUUUUUUUUUUGCUGAAUUAGAGCUCUAAGCCUGACAAAUUUUCUUUCUAGUUAUCCAAACUUGCUAUGUUGAUCCUUUCCUCCCACAUGGUAUUGCUAUACUGUAUAACAUUUUGUAACAUUAGGCCUGUUUCACACUGCUGCGACAAAUGUGCUUUUAUACUGGAAGCAUUUCUCCUGCAUAACAAACCCACCAGUCUAUACAAAAAAUAAAUACAUACUCAAAAUAAAUAAAUGCAAAGAAUUGUAAAAUAGUCAUUAAUAUUUGAGACUACAAAAAUGUAUAGUCUGAAAUGUCAUAUACAUGUCAUUGUAGAUUGAUCCAAAAAAGUCAUUAAUCUACAGAACCCAAACUCCAAACUAUAGUGAUAAACCGUUACUUGGAUUCAUUCAUAUUAACUAAACAGAAAGUGCUGCUUGUGUGUGUGUGUGUGUGUGUGUGUGUGUGUGUGUGUGUGUGUGUGUGCGUGUGUGUGUAUUCCAGAUAGCAGGUGAAUCGUUCCCUCCCAUAUUUGAAUGGAAUACUGUAACAUGUUGAUAUUGUAUGCAAGCCCAUUUCUGCCACAAGAAAAAAAAAUGCUUUGGUAUAUCAAUUACUACAAACCCAAUUCCCAAAAAGUUGGGACACUGUACAAAUUGUGGAUAAAAACAGAAUGCAAUGAUGAAGUUUCAAAUUUCAAUAUUUUAUUCAGAAUACAACAUCGGUGACAUAUCAAAUGUUUAAACUGAGAAAAUGUAUCAUUUUAAGGGGAAAAUAAAUUUCAUGGCAUCACACUUCUCAAAAAAGUUGGGACAAGGCCAUGUUUACCACUGUGUUUCAUCCCCUCUUCUUUUUAUAACAGUCUGCAAUUGUCUGGGGACUGAGGAGACAAGUUGCUCAAGUUUAGGAAUAGGAAUGUUGUCCCAUUCUUGUCUAAUACAGGCUUCUAGUUGCUCACCUGUCUUAGGUCUUCUUUAUCGCAUCUUCCUCUUUAUGAUGCGGCAAAUGUUUUCUAUGGGAGAAAGACCUGUUUUAUGUCGAAAUGUUUUAUUUCAGAACUAUAUCUUCUG